AUGUCUACAACAUCUUCAUUUCCCGAUCAAGUCAAAGCCAGUUUAAUAAACAUAUGUCAUCUAUUUACAAUAUGUAUUCAACGUUAUGCUCUUCAUUGCAGUACAGAUGGUCAUUUUGCUCAACUAAUUUUCGGUGCAGAUUUAGUUCGUGCUCAUCGAUCUCAAACAAACAACAAUUCUCCUACUGGUAUUACACAACUUCUUACCAAUCAUUUUGUUUCAUUUGAAGAAAAAUUGGGUACAAAUGUAAAAACAUUAGCAUUUUUUAUACAUAAUUUAUUUAUGGAUCAUUGCCUUACUGAAAUGAAUACAUGCGAACGACGUUUAUAUUUAUCAAAUAUCAACGAAAAAUUAUCUUCGAUUAAAUUUAUUUCAACAAAUAAAAAUAUUGUUAAAAAAGAAGAUAUUAAUAUUGAAUUAUUAGUUAGUCAUAUUCUUGAUACACUACCAAGAUUAAUAUUUGAUCGACAAAAUAUCUAUCAUAAUCUUCUUUCUCGUUUAGUUAAACAUAAUCUCGAUCGAAUUGAUGAUUAUCUUAUUUAUAAUCAACAAUUAUCUUUUGUUACAGUUGGGUCUUCGAUAAAACAAUCAUGUUUAAUUGAUGGUAUACUUUUACCAGUUUAUAAUUCUCAUAAAUUACUUUCAUCAUUUAUAUCAAAUAAUCAAAUAAGAAUUGUAUUUUUAAAUAUACAAUCAACAGAAUUUGAUAAAUCAUCAUUAUUUACAAUAAUUGAUCAUAAUCAAGAAUUUAUUUCAUAUGAUACAUUAAUUUAUCGUCAAUUUAUUAAAAAAUAUUUAAUAAAUGUUAAUUUAAUUAUUUCAUUAUCAUGUAUUAAUGAAUUAUUUCUUUUUGAAUUACAUCAAGCUAAUAUAAAUGUUAUUGAUUCAUUAGAUGAACAAACAUUUGAAUUUAUUUUAAAAGUUUAUCAAUGUUUACCAUGUAAUCGAUUAUUAAUUUCAGAUGACGAAUCAAUUGAUAAAAUAUCAACUAUUUUACUUGAUCGACAUGUUAUUGUUAAUCAACAAGCAUACAUCUAUUUAUCUUCAAAUGGUUAG